AUGUCAAAUGAUGGCGGUGGUGGCAAGGGCGGCGGCGGAGGCGGCGGCGGCGGCGAGGAUGAGGACGAGGACGAAGACGAGGACGAGGACGACGAUGACAUGGAUGAGGCAGCAGAGAGUCAGAUCUUGUCUCAGCAGGGAGGGCUUGUCAUCCUCGUGCAUUGCAUCGGAUCCUACCAGUAG